AUGACCAGAAAUACACAGAGAAUAAACAUCUCUGUCACAUUGUGUUCGUCAACUGAGCAACUUAACUUUUGUAAAAUCAUGCAGGAAAACAGCCCUAUUGAGAUUCAGCCUCGUUCAGGCGCAGGGACACAGACCACCCUCAGGGUGAACAUAUCCUUUCUGUCCCGAGGAUCCCAAUACCACCAGUUCCUGGAGACUGUCCAAAAGGCAAAUAGAGACGUUGCUCUCAGGGAGACACUGCUGCCUGUAGACGUCUAUCAGCAAUAUUUCCCUCCAAACCUGGAGCAGGACUUGGAGGUUCUGUACCACACGCAACAGAUGGGGCGUCUGAACCUGUGUGAUGGGAGGGACUCUGUCUAUACUCAGUAUCUCCGAGCCAUGUUCCUGACUCUGGGACGAGAGAACAUUGUGGUUGUCGUGGAUGAUGUUGACGGAGACCCUGAUGUGAAACGAACACAGUUGUGUGAGAAACAGCUGACACUGAGAGAAUGUGGGAAAUUAUUUGUGUUUUCAAAGGAAAACCUCGCUGAUCACGGGAUCAGUCAGGAGAUCGUGAACUACUUUAAUACAGUCACACCGGUCCAACGCACACAAUUCGGCAGGUGCAGUCUUUGUCCUUGCCCAUGUGUUGAUUGUGGUGACAGAUGUGCCUUUUACACGCACGUGUGUAUCACCAGCCUACAAAGGUGGUUAUGCUGAACAGAAGAACAGAAGAAUUUGCUUGACAAAAGAAGACCAAGGUCUAUCCAGUUCGCCAUCCACUAUCCUGGCAAUCAUUUGCACAUGUCGUGUCCCAAACCAUAUAUUGAUUCCUGAGAUAUUAUUU